AUGCCGAAGCCAUCAACCACUAAUACACAGAACUAUUCGGAAAUGAGCUUUUUUUCCAGAAAAAGAAAACGGUUCCCGAAAUCAGGAUGGGCUAUGAUAUCUGGAUCUCGAAGGUCUUAUCGAUAUCUCCGAAUCACUCCAGUUGAAAAUGUCAAAGGAGAUGAUUGCAGAUGCACUGAAAAUCGAAAAUCCUGUGAUCAAUUUUCCUGA